AUGGUAGCGCUUCGGGGCAAGCCGGAGGGCGGACUGGCACAUAUGAAACAUGCAUUAAUCAUCUACCUCGAUGGCUUUGGGUGUUCUGGGUGCCAAGCGCUCAAUACCACAGCGUUCACCUUAACAUCAUUGAAGCUGCGUCGCCAUUUGCAACCACUUGGUUCCUCCUACAUUGUGAAGACCGCCUACAACGACUCUUUGCUGUGUUUCAUAUUCUCCGUCACGAUCGACGUCUGGAAUAUUCUCUACUGGGCUCUCAGUGAUUCAAGAUAUCGCCACACACUGUCCCUAAUGUUGACCCUGGCAUUGACGAACGUCGUGAGCCAGCGUCUCGUCGUUCGACUUCGUGCGAGCGAUGAACUGGACUAUAACGAAGACCAUAUACUCGGCACGUUCUCGAAAGAGCUCGACAUCAUUGCUAGGCCCGCUUCGCCCAUGAUCUUCGAGGAAGUGCCCAAGUCACCCACAAAUAAUGUCCGGACAGACAUUUACGAAUUCCGUCGCCCAGGACGAUUGAGCCAUAUUUCCGAGGAGGUUGAACUGACAGUGCAUUGA